AUGAGUGGUUUAUUUGGCCUUCUAUUCACCAGACUGACUUUACCAUCUCCCUCGGAUAUCCAAGGGAAGACUAUCCUUAUCACCGGCGCGAACACCGGUCUUGGCCGAGAAGCUGCCAGACAUGCGCUCGCCCUUGGAGCCGGUACGAUCAUUUCGGGCGUUCGAACCCUGAGCAAGGGCGAAGAUGCGAAAGCCAACAUUGAAGCAAGCACCGGCUGCACCGACAAGAAAAAAGUUCUUGUAUGGCCCAUAGAUCUCGAAUCAUUCGCUAGUGUCCAAGCCUUCGCAGCUCGAGUUCGCAAAUACAAUUUUGAAGGCGGCCAACUGGACAUCGCUAUCAUGAAUGCAGGAAUUGCGUCGGUCGAAUACGCCGUUACCCAUGAUGGGUGGGAGAGAGGAAUCCAAGUUAAUGUUUUAUCGACCGCGCUGCUCAGUCUCGAGCUUUUGCCGUUGCUGCUUCGAAACAAAGAGCGAGAUCCUUCAACACAGCCGCAUCUGACUAUUCUUACGAGCGAUAUCCACAAGUCAAUCAAAUUUCCUGAACGAUAUGAGCAGCAUGUUCUUUCCGUUCUGAAUGACGAGGACCAGUGGAAGAAAACUCAGGUGGCAGGCGGAGCUACUGAGCGUUAUGGUGUUACCAAGCUCAUGGAUAUCUUCAUUACCAUGGAGAUAGCUCGACUUGUUCCUCGUGAUGAGUCAGGGAAUCCCCUUGUGAUUAUAAAUGCCGUGACACCGGGAUUCUGUAAAUCAGAUCUUCUGACCAGGGAGAAGGCGCCGUGGAUUCUGAAGCUGAUCCAAGCUUUAAUUGCUUGGAAGGCAGAAGAGGGAAGCAAAACAUUGCUCCACGCAGCAAACCAGGGAGUGGAGACUCAUGGGAAGUGGUUGGAGAAUCAGGUUAUCGCAGACCCUGGCAAUAUUGUCACAAGCCCCGAGGCAGCGGUCGUGAGGGAGAAGUUGUGGGCAGAGAUCAUUGCAGUCUUGCAUAAUGUUGAUCCUGAGGUUCGAAUUGAGUACUAA